AUGUCCCAGCACGGUGAAGUGGAUGACAAGAGUGGAAAAAUGGCCAUUUCGUAUGCAAGUGGACUUUCCGCCGAUCACACCCAGUCUCUGCCCUCGUUUCGAGAGCUUCUCCCGCCUCAUCUGCAUGACGAAAUCGAGUCCGGCUCAUACCUGUCAUCCCAACAACCAUCAUCGCACGAGCGUCCUGUUUCAUUAAACCAUGAGUUUGGAUCUGGAUCCAGGCCCCUCUCAGGCCGGACACCCUACGGAUCUCCUUCCAAGUUGCCAGUAGGGGACGUUCGCGACUAUCCCAUGUCCGACAGAAUGCCUGGGGAACGGGCGCCUGUUCAGACACGGUUACCAGGGAACGGAGUACAGCCAGCCGCCGCUCGUGGCCCAAGUCCUAUUUUGCCAUCCAUCCGAGACCUUCAAACCAUCCCAGAUCGCUCUCUGAAUGCGCCAGCCGCCGGAUUACCAGAUCACCGGGGACCUUCCCGGACGGAUGCAUUUGCGGUUCAGGAAUUUCGAGGGGGUGCCGUUGGCGCACCAAAUUACUCUCCUUCCGGUUUACCGGGCUCAAUGGGUGACCGGCGAGAUCCAUAUGCUGGAAACAGCGUGCCGGCAGCGAUGCAUGCUCAGUCACAGUAUCCAUCCUAUCCGGGGGUCAUCUAUCAAAGCGAUUCAGAGCAGGCCUCUUCGCAGUCAUUGCCGCCAUCGCAGCAGUCUAAUUUCGGCAUCUUGGGAGACUCGGUCGAUUCGAAGAACAAGCGCAGGCGAGGAAAUCUUCCCAAACCAGUCACUGAUAUUUUAAGGGCCUGGUUCCAUGAGCAUCUGGAUCACCCCUACCCGAGCGAGGAAGAUAAACAGAUGUUUAUGACUCGCACCGGGCUUACUAUCAGCCAGAUUAGCAACUGGUUUAUCAAUGCACGGAGACGACAGCUUCCCGCGCUUCGCAAUCAGAUGCGAAACGGCGCCAGUGAUCUUGAUUCACAGCGGCAAUCACCGUUCAGCGACAUGGAACAGACGCCUUCCGAGUCACCGAAUAGGCUCAGUAGUGGGAACAAGCACUGA